AUGGGACCUGUGGGACAGCUGGAAGUGGGCACAGGAGGGCUCCCAGGUGUGGGCACAGGGGGGCUCCCAGGUGUGGACACAGGAGGGCUCCCAGGUGUGAGUACAGGGGGGCUCCCAGGUGUGAGCAUAGGGGGGCUCCCAGGUGUGGGCACAGUGGGCAUAGGGGGGCUCCCAGGUGUGGGCACAGGAGGGCUCCCAGGUGUGGGCACAGGGGGGCUCCCAGGUGUGGGCAUAGGGGGGCUCCCAGGUGUGGGCACAGGAGGGCUCCCAGGUGUGGGCACAGGGGGGCUCCCAGGUGUGGGCAUAGGGGGGCUCCCAGGUGUGGGCACAGGAGGGCUCCCAGGUGGGGGGCUCCCAGGUGUGGGCACAGGAGGGCUCCCAGGUGUGGGCACAGGGGGGCUCCCAGGUGUGGGCAUAGGGGGGCUCCCAGGUGUGGGCACAGGAGGGCUCCCAGGUGUGGGCACAGGGGGGCUCCCAGGUGUGGGCAUAGGGGGGCUCCCAGGUGUGGGCACAGGAGGGCUCCCAGGUGUGGGCACAGGGGGGCUCCCAGGUGUGGGCAUAGGGGGGCUCCCAGGUGUGGGCACAGGAGGGCUCCCAGGUUCCCUCUUAUUCCCUGGCUCUUAA